CUACUCUCUUUAAUUUGGGUUUUGUGGUUGAAGAAGGGGAGAAUUUUUGGAACUCCAAUUCACCCCCCUCUUGGAGUACAUUGAGUCAACAAUUGGUAUCAGAGCAAGGGCUCCAGUUUGAAGGUUUAACCACCUAGGAGUUGAUUGGGAAUGGCUCAAUUUCUAUCUUCUCAACCAGUUGAAGGUUUGUCUACCACUAAGCCUCCUUUCUUUGAUGGUACUAAUUAUAGUUAUUGGAAGAAUAGGAUGAAGGUCUUCAUGCUUUCAAAUGUGCCCAAGGCAUGGGUUGUGACUAUGAAAGGUCCAUAUGUACCCAUAAAAAUUGUUGGAGAAAGAGAGGUGCCAAAGGAAGAGAUAGAUUGGAAUGAUGAAGACUUGGAGAAGAUCAUGAUCAACAACAAAGCAAUCAACAUGCUUCAAUGUGCUCUCAAUCCAACGGAAUUCCAUAGAGUUUCUGGGUGUGAUACGGCUAAGGAGAUGUGGGACAUGCUAGAAGUCACUCAUGAAGGAACAAGCCAAGUAAAGGAGUCAAAAAUCAAUAGACUCAUUUACAUGUAUGAGCUUUUCAAGAUGAAACUGGAGGAGAGUAUUCAAGAUAUGUAUACAAGAUUGAAUGACAUAGUCACCAAUCUCAAGGCUCUUGGUAAAGUCUAUCCUCCUCAAGAAGUGGUGAGAAAGGUUAUUAGAAGCUUGCCUAAGAGUUGGGAAGCCAAGAAGACGGGAAUUGAAGAAUCUAAGGAUCUCAACACUCUCAAGCUUGAAGAUCUCAUUGGUAAAUUGAUGACAUACGAGAUAGAAGUGCAAGGUGAUGGUGGAGUUGAAAUAGUUGAGAAGAAGAAGAAAGAUGUUGCAUUCAAAGUUAGCAACCAAAAGGAAAAGAGUGAAGAUGAUGCUAGUGAUGGUGAAAACUUCUCCUUCUUAAUCUCUAGAGAAGUGAGGAGAUUUAUGAAGAAGAAUAUCAAGAGCAAGCUUGCAAGAAGAGAUGAAGGAGAAUCUACCAAAAAGAGUAUGAAAUGCUAUGAGUGCAACAAGAUGGGGCACUAUAGAAAUGAAUGCCCCAAAUUGAAGAAAGGUGUUGCAAAUCUUUGCUUCAUGGCUCAAGAGGAUGACAACAAUGAUGAGGAGGUGUGCCUUGUGAGCAAAAUGAAGAACAAAUGGUAUCUAAAUAGUGGAUGCUCAAGGCACAUGACGGGUGAUCCUUCACAAUUCUCAUCACUCAUGCCCUUGGAUGGUGGAAUCGUGACCUUUGGUGACAAUGGGAAAGGAAUUGUGAAAGGAAUUGGUAAAAUUGGUAACAAAUCUAUUUCUUUUGAUGAUGUUUGGUAUGUGGAUGGAUUGAAGCAUAACUUGCUUAGUAUUAGUCAAUUAUGUGAUCGCAUGCUUAAUGUUCUAUUUUUCAAGUCUCAUUGCAAGAUUAUUGAUUCUAGAAAUGAUCAAGUGUUGUUUGUUGGCAAGAGACUUAAAAAUGUGUAUGUGAUUGAUUUGCAUGAUAUUGAUGCUAAUAUUUGUCUUGCCUCUAUAUCUCAUGAUGAUACUUGGUUGUGGCAUAGAAGAUUAGGAUAUGCUAGCAUGAGUGUUAUCUCUAAGUUAUUAAAGCAUGGUCUUGUUGAUGGCUUGCCUAGGGUGAAUGUAAAUAUUGAUAGUGUAUGUGAUGCAUGCAUGAAGGGUAAGCAAACUAGAGUUUCCUUUAAGACUAAGAAGUGCAUCUCUACAAAUAGACCUCUUGAAUUACUUCAUAUAGAUUUGUUUGGACCUAUGCGCACUCUAAGCAUUGGAGGAAAAUCAUAUGUGCUUGUUGUAGUUGAUGACUAUUCUAGAUUUACAUGGGUUGCUUUUCUUGCACAUAAAAAUGAUGCACUUGAUGCUUUCAAAUGUCUUUAUAAAAAGCUUCAAAAUGAGAAAAGUUUAACUAUUGUUUCUAUUAGAAGUGAUCAUGGGGGAGAAUUUGAAAAUAAUGACUUUGAAGAUUUUUGCAUUGAACAUGGUAUUGAUCAUAAUUUUUUAGCUCCUAGAACUCCUCAACAAAAUGGGGUGGUUGAACGGAAAAAUCGUACUAUUGAGGAAAUGGCAAGGACUAUGAUUUGUGAGAAUGAUUUGCCAAAAUCCUUUUGGGCUGAAGCCGUUGCAACCUCUUGUUAUUUGUUGAAUAGAGUUAUGGACUCUCUUGGAAAUUUUGAUUCUAAAAGUGAUCAAGGCAUCUUUGUUGGAUACUCUACUUCUAAUUCCAUUGGAAAACAAAUAAAAGAUAUAAAUCUCAAGGAGGACAACACCAAGGAAGCUCAAGAUGAGAAAAAUGAGGAGGACAAACAUGAAGAAGUGCAACAAACACAUGAGCUAAGAGAACCAACUUUCCCAAGAGAAAGAUCCUAUGUCAAAGUUAAUGAAAUUCUUGGGGAUCCAUCAAAAGGGGUAAUUACUAGAUCUCAUGCUCAUAAUACUUGUGCUUUCAUUGCCUUUAUAUCUCAAAUUGAACCAAAUAAUCUUGAUGAUAGUUUAAAUUAUCCUAAUUGGGUGAUGGCUAUGCAAGAAGAAUUAGCUCAAUUUGAAAGAAAUAAGGUUUGGAAUCUUGUUUCUAGACCUGAAGACCAUCCCAUCAUAGGAACUAAAUGGGUUUUUAGAAAUAAAUUAGAUAAGAAUGGAAUUGUGGUUAGAAACAAGGCAAGGCUAGUUGCUAAAGGCUAUUGUCAAGAAGAAGGAAUUGAUUUUGAUGAGACUUUUGCCCCGGUAGCUAGACUUGAAGCAAUUAGAAUGUUAUUGGCUUUUGCAUGCUUUAAAGGUUUUACACUUUAUCAAAUGGAUGUUAAAAGUGCUUUUCUAAAUGGUUAUAUUCAAGAAGAGGUUUAUGUUGAGCAACCUCCCGGUUUUGAAGAUCCAUCUUAUCGAAACCAUGUUUAUAAACUUUCAAAGGCUUUAUAUGGCUUAAAACAAGCUCCUAGAGCUUGGUAUGAAAGAUUAAGUAGUUUUUUGCUUGCAAAUGGUUUCUUUAGAGGGAGAGUUGAUACCACCUUGUUUGUGAAAAACAAAGGCCAAGAUAUACUAAUUGUCCAAAUCUAUGUUGAUGAUAUUGUGUUUGGUGCUACUAAUGAUUUUCUUUGUCAAGAGUUUUCCAAAGCUAUGCAAGGUGAAUUUGAAAUGAACAUGAUGGGUGAGCUCAACUUCUUCUUGGGACUUCAAACCAAACAAUCCAAAGAAGGCAUCUUCAUCAACCAAAGCAAGUAUACAAAGGAAAUGCUUAAGAAGUUUGGCAUGGAGACUUGUAAGCCAAUAGCUACUCCUAUGAGCACUUCAAUUAAUCUAGACAAGGAUGAAGGAGGUAAGCCUAUUGAUCCCAAACUCUAUAGAAGCAUGAUUGGUUCCUUGCUUUAUUUAACUGCAAGUAAACCGGAUAUAAUGUUUAGUGUUUGUUUAUGUGCUAGAUUUCAAGCUUGUCCUAAGGAGUCACACUUAAUUGUGGUUAAAAGAGUCUUUAGGUACCUAAAGGAUACUCCCAACCUUGGUUUAUGGUAUCCUAAGGGUUCUUCCUUAGACUUACAUUCAUAUUCGGAUGCGGACUAUGCGGGUUAUAGAAUUGAUAGAAAAAGUACAAGUGGAACUUGUCAAUUUUUUGGUAAUAUGCUCAUAUCAUGGUUUUCCAAAAAGCAAAAUAGUGUUGCUCUAUCUACAACCGAGGCCAAAUACAUAGCCGCCGCAAGUUGUUGCGCUCAAGUGUUGUGGAUGAAAUAACAAAUUUUGGAUUUUGGAUUUUGGCAUUACUAUGGAUCAUAUUCCUAUUAAAUGUGAUAAUAGUAG